AUACGCGGCUCCUUACUGGUCAACGUUUCAGCGGGAUCAGCCAUUCCUCUGCUAAAUGGCGGAGGCUAUUGUUUCUGCUAUCUUACAGCAGCUAGUAACAAUUGCGGCCGAAGAAGCAAGGCAAAGGGUGAGGCUGCUUGCAGAUGUUGAAGAUGAUGUUGAAAGGCUUAGGCACAACCUUGAGGCCAUCCGUGCUGUUGUCGGGGAUGCUGAAGAAAGGAAGCGGUUGGAUCCUCUUAUCAAACGUUGGUUAGGUAAACUCAAGUAUAUGGCUUAUGAGAUGGAGGAUGUAUUGGACAAGUGGAACAUUGAACUGCUCAAGGUGCGAACUGGCAGGGUUGGGAAAUUUUAUAAUAUAAAGGCAAAGAUAUGUUCCUGCAUUCCAUGUUCUACUACUCCAGACCAAGUUGGUUCGCGUUAUAAAAUUGCUUUGAGUAUAAAGAAUAUUAACGUAGCACUGGAUGUGACUUCUGCCAACAAAAACAUGCUUGGAUUAGUAGUAAGGCCAGAGCGAGAACAACCUAUACAAACAGAAACAACAUCUAAUGACGUUGAUAUGUCAGAUUUAAUUGGUAGAGAUGAGGUUAAGGAAGACAUAAUAAGCAGCUUGUUGUGUGAAUCUAGUGAAGAAGGUCAACGGAGUGAACUUAAAACCAUCUCUGUUGUAGGGAUGGGAGAGAUGAGGAAGACAGCUCUUGCUCAACUUGUUUAUAAUGAUGAUCAACUUGAACAGCAUUUUGAUAAAAGGAUUUGGGUAUGCGUCUCAGAUUGUUUUGAUGAGAAGAAAAUUGCCAAAGAAAUCAUUUUAAAUGUUGAAGGCCUCCAGCAUGAUUUAUCAUAUGCUCUUGAUUCACUUCCAAUGCAAAUCCUACAGCAAAGAACUUGUGAAUCUAUUCAAGGAAAGAAGUUCUUUCUUGUGUUGGAUGAUGUGUGGGACCAUUCUGAACAUACAUGGGAAAGACUACAACAGACUUUCAAACACGGUGCCCCAGGGAGAGAGGAUUCAUAUCAUUAUUCUCCCUCUUAUUCUUUCUCUAUGAAUCAUACUCGUUAUUUUACAGCAAAUCUUGCACAGCCGAUUACUUUUUCGCUAGGAAUUAGACAGUUGUGCAGCAUCAUACUAUUUUCUGAAAGGCAUCCCAUAACAGUUGAAGGCUUAUUGCGCUUCAUCUUCAAUCGUGCUGAGGUUUUAAGGGUGUUAGAUUUGAAUUGGUCUAAUUCAUGUGCUCAUUUAUAUGAGUCAAUUCCACAAGAAAUAAAGAAAUUGAUCCAUUUGAGGCUCCUUAACUUGUCUUUCAGUAGCAGAUUGAGAGAAUUGCCUGAGUCGCUUUGUGAAUUACUUAAUCUUCAAUCCCUGGAUCUCAAGGGCUACGAGAGUCUUGAGAAACUGCCAGACGGGAUGGGAAACUUGAUCAGCUUGAGAUUUCUGCGGACUUCAGGUUGUUGCAGUCUAACUUGCUACCCCAAAGGCAUUGGGAGAUUGACAAAUCUCAAAGAUGUAUAUGAGAUCUCUGCCAGAGCUGAUAGAAACCACCCUAAAGAAUUCAGUCUUGGGGACCUGGAAAACAUGGACAACCUUUGUACUGUCUGGAUGAAACUGAAAGGAAAUGCAAUAGAUAUGGGGGAGGCCACAAGAGCUAGAUUUGAGAAUAAGACACAGUUAAGGGAUUUCAGAGUAUAUUUGGAUGGGGAUUUGGAUGAGGAUGAGGUGAUUCAAGCUUUCAACCUGCCUUCCUCCAUAAAUGUCCACUUCUGCAAUGCCGACUUUGAGUUCAAGUAGCCGGUGUAUAGAUAUGGCAGGUAAGCCUUCUUCACUUUAAAUUGGAAUAAAAGUUGUAUGAUCAUCUUCUCUUUAUUUAUAUCACUCUGACUAUCCAUGCUGUAUAUGCUGCAUCUUCUUUUAUCUCAAGACAUGCUUGGUUUGGUUGUUAUGUUACUCCCAAAGGUAAAUGAUUUAUAAUAUUAAUAAUUUUGGACAAAUAUAUCCUUUGUUUCUAAUUGGCAAUUAUCAUUGCUGUAACCAGCUUGUAUAUAUAGACUUAAAAAGAAGAGAUUGUUUUGUAGGAAGCCUGAGGGAUGAUGGAAGUAUUGAUGUCCGAAGAGCUACUAAGUAAGCCGGUUUUAUCCGUGAAGAGGAAAGUUGUCCUUGGUGAGAAGUUGCUAGCUAGUUGGUCUGUACUUGAACUUUGCAAAUUGUGAGUGAUUCAUGUGAUUUUCUACUCUAUACAACAUGUUAUGUUGUGUGAUAAUUUACUUCUAAUUAGAGUAAGUAGCUUUUAAGCUUAAAGCUAUUGGAAUAUAAGCAUGUGUGCUAU